UAACUGCUUUCUUUAAACAGGAAACCACUCCCAACACUCAGCCUUCAGAAGAGGAGAAAACUGAGCCAGCACCUAGCCAGGAGGUUGCCAGCCCUGAACAGUAUAUUAAACAUCCACUACAAAACAGGUGGGCACUCUGGUUUUUUAAAAAUGACAAGAGCAAAACUUGGCAAGCAAAUCUUCGUCUUAUCUCAAAGUUUGAUACUGUUGAAGAUUUUUGGGCUUUAUACAACCAUAUCCAGCUCUCUAGUAAUUUAAUGCCUGGUUGUGACUACUCGCUCUUUAAGGAUGGGAUUGAACCUAUGUGGGAAGAUGAAAAAAACAAGCGAGGAGGACGAUGGUUAAUUACACUAAACAAACAGCAGAGACGAAGUGACCUUGAUCGCUUCUGGCUAGAGACACUGCUGUGCCUUAUUGGAGAGUCGUUUGAUGACUACAGUGAUGAUGUAUGUGGUGCUGUUGUUAAUGUUAGAACUAAGGGUGAUAAAAUAGCAAUAUGGACAACUGAAUGUGAAAACAGGGAUGCUGUUACGCAUAUAGGGAGAGUAUACAAGGAAAGAUUAGGACUUCCUCCAAAGAUAGUGAUUGGUUACCAGUCCCAUGCAGACACAGCUACUAAGAGCGGCUCCACCACUAAAAAUAGAUUUGUUGUUUAAGAAGAGACCUUCUGAGUAUUCUUUCAUAGGAGACUGCGUCAAGCAAUCGAGAUUUGGGAGCUGAACCAAAGCCUCUUCAAAAGCAGAGUGGACUACAUUUAAAUUUGAUUUCCAUCUAAGUGUUGCUAGGAUUUGUGAGAAGUCUCAUUCGCCUUUGUCUUGUACUUCUGUGUUCAUUUUUUUUUUUUUUGUAUUUUGGCUGAAGUAAACAUUACCGAUCAUCAUUUUGGUGCACUUCACCCCUGAAUCCAUAAAUGUUUUUCUGGCCCACUCUGUAAUAGCUUGGUAGAAACAUUACUAUAUUGAAAAAAAGAAACAAAAACGUUUAUCCACAGUAUUCAGAAAAGAAGUUGCAUUUCUGUACCUGCAGGAAAUUACUCUGUUUUACAUUUGCAUUGUAUGCAGUAACAUUUUGCUGGUUUGGAAAAGAGUAUGGUGCAUACAGUUUUCUAGCAAUUUUUUUAUACAGCAUCACCUUUGCUGUAACCUGUGCUGAUGGCUGCUAGAUUAAUUUAUUUGUUUUCCCUAUUUGAUAACAUUAGUGAUAUUUUGAUUUCAGUUGUUUUUGCUCAUGUAACAUUUGGUGAAGAAUCUGGGAAUAUGACAAAGGUGGAAUAAACAUUAAUUUUGUGCA